AUGCCGGAAGAACACGAUAAAGACCAUCUUUCGAAAGAACAAAAGAGGAAGAAAAUGCUCGCGCACAUCUCCCAGCGCGUCCACGCGUCCUCGCCUUUACCGAAAAACAACGGAGAGAGAAAGUUGCAAACGAAGUUGGAUGCGCUGAUGCAUCGACUGCAAGACGAAACGGUCUCGGAAACGAAUCUGGUGGACCUUUUAACGGAAUACGCGCUGACGUUGCAAGAACAAGCGGAACAGUUCAAAGAAGAAGAAGAAAACGGAGACGUGGUGGAAGGGUUGCACGCGAAAGCGUGCGUCGCGUACGAGUUCGCGUCCAAAUGGAAAGAAAGGUAUACGAUUUACUACAACUGGGCGAUAGCGGUUGGCGACCGCGCGCGAGUGUUGGAAAGGAAAAGACCGGAGGAAGCGAGGGUAUUGUGGCGAGAGGCGUGCGAGAAGUACGAAAAAGCGGUGGCAGUUGGAAUGGAGCGGUCGUAUUUGAGAGGAAAAGGAGAAGGAGGCGAGAUGGUGACCUCGAUGAGCGUAUCGCGAGCGUUGAAUAACCACGGGUUGGCGUUGCGACAGAGAGCGAUGUUGAUGACGGAUUCGGAGACAGAGGAGUCUACCGAGAGUAAAUCGAAAUGCUUGAGCGAAGCAAUUCUGAAAUUUCGAAGGGCAAUUCGCAUUUCACCUGAUUUCCAUCGAGCGGCGUAUAAUUUAGGCACGGUGGAGUUCGCUCGAGGUCAGAUGGAACGCGCUGCGGUGUACGUUUUUUCGGCGUUGGCGAUGGUGACUUCUGCGUUGCCGUCUUCGUCGGAAACGGAAAACGCGAAAGUAGUCUACUCGCAAAGCGCACAGCUAGUCGAAACCGCGUUGCCGGACACGCAAUGCGGCGACGAUUCUCUCUUCGCUGGAAACGUUUGGUUCGCCGGCGGCGUAGGAGGAAAGCGAGGCGGAGAAGUAGCGAACAAAAGACGAACGACGAUAACCGAUUUCGAUUGGGCGCGACGUCGCUUCGCCGUCUGCGCAUCUGCUUUCAAAACCGUCGACUCCGCGCAAACAUUUCGCAUCAAGAGUGAAUCCGGAGAUUACGUGCCUUCACGAAACGACGCGUGGGGUGACGAUGCGGCUCCGGAUACUCAUUUCAACGUCAAUCUCCCCAUGCUUUCCGUCGAGUCGUGCGAACCGAUUUCGGACAUCUCGCGUCCGCCAAACUGUUUCGCUUUCCUCCUCUCCGUCCGAGAUGAUUUGGAACACGCAGAAAAAGAAGAAAACGAUGAUAAGUAUUCUCCACAUGCGGUCGUCCGUCACUACCGCUUCGCCUGCGAAACCGAAUCCGAGCGAGACGUCUGGGUGGACGCGAUCGCGCUAAUAGCGUCGUUGGCCAAAAGAGGAAAAUCGGAACACUUAAAGUCUUGCUUGUUGAGCUUGAAAACGAAGCGUAAGAAAAGAGUUGGAUUCGUUUAG